GCUAACACAGUCCCGUGGCUUCCGUGAUAUCCGAUCCCAGGAAGUCAAAAGGAGAGGUCCCUGUUACCUAGCAGCCGGUUACCUAGGAGACAGAAAAGUCAAGCUGAGGCCUGGUCUGCUUGGCUUUGUGUUCUUCCUAAAAAUCAUGCAGGCUGACAAAGGAACCCCAAGUGCUCACCAGUACUGUGUCAUAGUCAGGCUGCGGGAGACGGGGGAAAGAUUCACGGUGUCUGGUUGUAGCCACCAUAUGAAGGUCAAAGAGCUGAAGGAGAAGCUAGAGUUGGUGGCAGGAAUCCCAAUGCACCUCCAGAGGGUUUCAUACCUAGAUGAUGGAGAUAUGCCUGACAAUUCUACAUUUAAAUUCAAUGGGAUUAUUCCUCGAGGAACCAUCUCACUCGGUAUCUGGACAUAUGACGGCUGGAGUGAUCUGGUGAAAGCAGCGGCUGAAGGAAACAUAACAAAGCUGAAACGUUUGGGUGUCAGCGCAGAAUCACCAUAUAACACGCCUCAUUCAUUGCUUUUAAGCGUGGAGAAGAAGCAUGAAUGGAUAUCAGCGAGGGCUAACGUGGCGCUCUUCAUUGCUGCCCACAGAGGGUACCUGAAGAUGGCGCAGUUCCUUCUACAGAAUGGUGCAGACGUGCUGGCCAAAACCCCACAGGGGAACAGCCCUCUCCACGUGGCAGCAGCCAUGGGUAACAAUGACUGCAUCACUGAACUUUUAGCUUCUGGGGCACAAACCAAGGAGCCUAACAAAGAAGGUCUCACUGCCCUGGACUUGGCCAACAUUAAGUGUCAUAAAAUUGUGAAGCAUCAGCUACUGCUUUCCUUGUGGAGGGAGAGAUCUGGCACACUGCCAGUCAAGAGACACCUGGAUCCAUCCGAGCUUUUCGCUCAUCAGAAAUUUGACUCCAAGCUGAAAACAUGGAGGAGUGGAUCUCAAGCAAAAUGUUACAUGGCCAACCUAACCCAUCACAAAGAAUGCCGAGAUACAGAUAUCAGAGCUGCCAGAAAGCAGGCCAAUGUAAAUAGACAAAUGAAGAUAAGAGCUUAAGCAAUGCUAGCAGUUAAUUUAAAACAUGUUCAACACACAUCAACGGGAUAGGAAGCAUUCAGCUCAACAGCAAACCAAAGUAGCCAACAUUCAGCACGUCGGCUGUUACUGAACCAACAAGAACAUGGCGUCAGAGGUCUAAAGGAGAACUGUCACCAUCACAACUAUACUAACAAAUUGGUUUCCAUACAUUUGCUUUCA